CCGAAAUGUUUGAGGAAUUCUAACGAUGAUUUCAUAAUUUAUUACUCCUGAACGUCAGGGCAUAGCCUAUAAUUAAUACUGUACGUCCUGAAAUCGCAAAAAGCGUUGGAACACCCUGCUCUAAAUAAGAAACCGGAAAGUAUAAUUUGACAAAUUGGCGUUAAAAUAGACUUUUUUUACGAUCAAUACUUUAUCGCUUCUAAUAUUAAUAGGUAUCUAUUUAUUUUGGACGAAAAUAUUUUGCCCUCCCUGAAAUUUCUAGGGAAAGCGAUUUGAAAGUUAGCGGAAACCAGAGGCGCGGUUUCCUUGAAUGUGUUAGGAUGUUAAUGCCCAGCAUUUAGUAGCAUAUAAAUUUAAAAUCUUUUUUUUUUCCAGUGUCUCUUCGAAGAAGAGUUUCUGAUGACAAUGGAAGUCGACUUAUUAUGAUGCUAAUCAACGUCUGGUGGACGGUGAUUGCACUGAUUCUGCCUCUGUGCUCUGUCAACAGUGAACCAACCUGCCUUGAAAAUAAUGUCAAUGUAGCUCCUACUAAAGUUUUCUAUGUUGGAAGGGAUCUUAAUAUUACUAUAGAAGUAAGCAACAGGGUUACACAUAAAUUAGUAUCACAAAUUUUGAUCAUCUUAUUAAAAGAAGUUCUAGGAUAUGCAGAUGUUCGUUUGGUUUCCACUGAAGGAGGGAAUUCUAUCUCAACUUUACAACAGAUAUCUGGUUGUAAAAUCCCAGAAAAAUGUCCAGAGAAAUCAAAAAACUUUGUACCAAAUAUUAUGAUAAAUGUUGAAGUAUGGCUGGGACCAGGAAAUAGCACUGAAAAAUGGGUUCAAACAGGAAAUGUAGCAGACUGUGGUCCUUUGGGACCAAUUGGAAGGACUGGUUGGUACCUAUCAUUGUCUUUUGUACAUAAAUUAUGGCAAGAAAAUAAUACUAUUCUUGACCAUUGGAGAGCUUUCCAGAAGGAGGAAAUUUCAUCACUGUUUGAUAUUUCUGAAAAAGAACUCAAGCGUUAUGCAUUUUAUAAUAACAAAAAAUACUAUUGCCAAUUUCCAGAAUGCGAAAAUAGUUAUUAUAAACCACCUCAAUGCAGAAGACCAAAUGUAAUUUGUGCUACACUGCUUUCUGAUUAUUCAGAAUCUUCCUUUACUGUUUUAAAGUCUGAAAUUGAUCAUCUUCAAUUACUAGUAAAAGUUUUAUGGGUGGGUCCAAAUCUAGAAAACAUUGUACAUGAUAGAACAUCUGCAAAUAAGCCAAUAUUAUUUUAUAAUUGGAAGCCAAAUACAGUUACAUCUCUUGGUAAUUUUACUAAUGUUGCAUUUCCCCACUGUGAAGAUAAAUUUUCAUUACAAAGAGGAAAAACUUGUGAACAUGAUGUUAAUCAAUUGGAAAAGAUCAUUUGGUCUAAGAUUAAAACAAAUGCACCAGAUAUCUAUCAAACUAUACGAGCUAUGACAUUCCGUCAAGAUGAUUAUUUCAGAUUAUUAGAAACCUACACUCAGUUAAAACCAAGAGGAGUUAAUAUUUUUGGAACUGCUUGUACAUGGAUUACACAAAAUCAAGAAACUUGGCAUGAAUGGGUUCCUGAAACCUAUUUACAAAAGCCAAUUCUUUACAUUGGUGGAAUAUUUCCUAUGAAUGGUACCUAUUGGCAACAAAGUGGAGUAAUACCAGCGGCACAAAUUGCUAUUGAUGAUGUUAAUAAAAAUCAAAAUAUUUUAAAUCAAUACAAACUUACUUUACUUGUUAAUGAUGGACAGUGUGCAGCAGAUGAAGUUAUGAAAAGUUUCAUUGGUUAUGUGACAAAUUCCACUUACAAAGAUAUUAUUGGAAUUUUGGGACCAGCAUGUUCAGAUACAGUCGAACCAAUAGCUGGAGUUGCUAAACAUUAUAACACUAUUAUUAUAAGUUAUAGUGCUGAAGGAGCAUUAAUCAAUGACCAAGAUAAAUACCCUUACUUCUUUCGUACAAUUCCUGAAAAUAGUCAGUUCAGGCAUGUUUAUCUACAGUUAUUUAAACAGCUAAAUUGGAACCGUGUUGCUGCAUUAACUGAGGAUGGUCAAAAAUACCCAGAAUAUAUAUCUCUAGUCCAUAACUUAUUGCAAGAAAAUGGAUUGAACUUCAUAAUAAAUAGCAAAUUUCCCCGGGAUCGCGUUUCUCACAACAUGACACAAUAUUUAUUAGAUUUGAAAGGAAAAAAGGCAAAAAUUAUUAUUGGUGACUUUUAUGAUUAUGCAGCAAGGUCUGUUAUGUGUGAAGCAUAUAAACAGGGUAUGAUAGCACGAAAUGGAUAUCAAUGGUUUUUACCUUUGUGGUUUCAAAAAAACUGGUUUGAUACUGAUUUUUAUAAUAGUAACAUGUCAUACAGUCAGGAGAAUGUGCAAUGCACAACUAAACAAAUGAUGGAAGCUAUUAAUGGUCAUAUGAGUCUAGCUUAUAAAUUUUAUGGUGAUGACGAUGUAAUAAUGCAAGAACAAAAAAGCAUUGGAGCAUGGAAAGAAUAUUAUAAACAAAUUGCAAAAACCACUAAUAGGCCAACUAGUAUGUAUGGUGGAUAUGCUUAUGAUGCUGUUUGGGUUUAUGCUUAUGCAUUAGAUGCUUUGUUAAAAGAGAAUCAUACACAUGUUGCAAAUCUCCAUUCUGAUGAAACAUCUAGGCGGUUUGCAGAACUACUCAACAAGACUAAUUUUACUGGAGUAUCAGGCCAUGUUUAUUUUGAAGGUUCUAGUCGUAUUUCAGAAAUUCUGGUGUGGCAAUGGCGUGAUAACAAAACAUAUAAAAUAGGAUUGUAUACACCAGAAGGAAGUGAUUCUGGCAAUCUAGAAUUAAAUGAAUCUGCAAUUGUAUGGCUUACAGCAGAUAAAAAAAAACCAAAUGAUGGUUCAGAAGAAUCCAGUAAAUGUCAUCUAGAAUUGUUGCGAAAAGCACUUGGUGUUAGUUGUGAAAUUGCUAUUGUCAUUGCAAAUCUUUUUGGAUUUUUCAUUUUAGCAGUUCUGAUGUUAAUUAUUUUUAUUAUAUUUAAACAUAAAUAUGAACAAAAAAUGAAAUCUACAGAAGCCAGAAUGAGAGAAUUAGGUUUAAUCAAAAACAGUAAUUUAUUGACUCUUGAUGAAUGGGAAAUGCCUAGGGAUCAUAUAGUAAUUAAUCGAAAACUGGGAGAGGGUGCUUUUGGAACAGUAUAUGGAGGAGAAGCAUUUAUAACUGAUAAAGGAUGGAUUGCUGUAGCUGUAAAAACGUUAAAAAUUGGGGCUACUGUAGAAGAAAAACUUGAUUUUUUGAGUGAAGCUGAAAUGAUGAAGAAGUUUGAUCAUAAGAAUAUUGUACAGUUGAUUGGAGUUUGCACAAGUGGAGAACCUGUUUAUACUGUGAUGGAAUUUAUGCUAUAUGGAGACCUAAAAACCUAUUUACUUGGCCGUCGACAUCUUGUAAAUGAUAGAGAGAGAGAGAAAUCUGAAGAAGUAUCUGACCAGAGACUGACAAAUAUAGCAUUAGAUAUUGCAAGAGGAUUAAGCUAUUUGGCUGAACUGAAGUAUGUCCAUCGAGAUUUGGCUUGCAGAAACUGUUUAGUAAAUGCUUGUAGAACAGUCAAAAUAGCAGAUUUUGGAAUGUGUAGACCAAUGUUUGAUUCAGAUUAUUACAGAUUUAAUAAACGAGGAAUGUUACCUGUACGGUGGAUGGCACCAGAAAGUCUGAUAGAUGGAAUAUUUACACCAACAUCUGAUAUUUGGAGUUAUGGUGUUUUGUUAUAUGAAAUAAUUACAUUUGGAAGUUUUCCUUAUCAAGGACUUUCAAAUAAUCAAGUAUUAGAAUAUGUCAAGGGUUUUAAUACCCUUCCUGUUCCAAAUGGUUGUAAACCUGAAUUAGCAUCAUUGUUAUUGCAAUGCUGGUCCAGGAGAGCUCAGGAUCGACCAAGUGCUAGUGAAAUUGUUGAAAUUCUUGCUCAUCAUUCAAAUCUAAUAUCACCUUGUCUUGAUAUGCCCAUGGCAAGUGUUGAAGUAGAAGAUACAGAUUCUAUUGAAAUUGCCAUCAAUGAAAGAACAAGGUUACAUUCAGUUAGUGAAAACUGGCCUCAAAAAAGGCAAAAUGGUUCAGUGGACCAAACCAUUAAAAUGUACAAAGAAACACAUGAACUUGAAGAUUUAGAAAGGAAGUUUGAAAAUUCUCCAGCAUUAGAUAGUCCUUGUGUUUUAGGUCAUAAAGGACAAUAUUUAACAUUACAAAAUGGUCCUCGUGGUGAUAGUGACUAUGGCAGUGAUGUAUCGCAAGACUUCCCCCAAACUAUUUCAUUUGUAUGAAAUAUUCCACUUUCAAAAAUUCACUUUUAUAGAAAAACAUCUUGCUAAAAAAAUGUGAUUUAAUACAGAUAAUCAUACAAUUUGGACCAUCCACAUUAGAAUAGUUUUGUGUAUAUAAGCACACAUGGUUCUUACUACUGUAUAUAUAUUGCAAUGGUGCAUUACAAUAUAUUAAAAUAUCAUUGUUAAUGGUAUAUUAUCAUUACCAAUGGUAUAUUACUAAUGGUACAUUUAAUAUGUUGUUCAGUUUUAAUGUCCUUACAUUUACAAAAUGUAUUAAUUUUGCAAUACAGGGUGUCUCAAAAGUCAGUUUACUGAUGAAAAUGUUUUGACUAAUCUUCAAGAGAAAGUUUAAUUAAAUUGCCUCAAUGUCCUUUUUUCCUUAUUAAUAUGUAAAUUUUCGACUAUAAAUUCGACUAUCUUCUAUUAUCAGUAUAAUAAGUCCUGAUAAUAGAAGACAGUCGAAUUUAUAGUCGAAAAUUUACAUACUUCAAGAGAAAGUGUUUUUUACUUCUGAUCAUAUGCAUUUUUGAAUUAAAAUCAAUUAAUUGUUUUAAGUAGAUUAGAUAAGCAAGUUAUAAAAUAAAAAGCAAUAAAAUAAAAAAAUAAACAAAACAUUUUGGAGCAAAUUGUUUGUAUUUUUAUUUUAUUAAUUUAUUUAUGCAAUUCAUUUUUUUUCCAAAUAUUAUAAAUAACUAAAUUUAUAUAUAUAUAAUGAUAUCACACAAAUCUUAUCUGAUGAAUACAAGAUGUGUGUCAAAUGAUGAAUAUUCUCAUAUGAUUUUGAAAUAAGCUUUCUUUUCUAUACAUCAAAUCAAACCAGAUGAUCAUUUAUUAGUUUUUCUGAGUAAACUGACUUUUACAACCAUCCUGCAUUUCAGAUAUGUAAAUUCAAAUUGUAUUAGUUUUCAUUGCAGAAAAAAAAUUGAAUUGUUUGAAAUUUGAAAGUUAUUUUAUACAAAAUUAUUAGAUUUUAUUUACUACUUAACUGCAUAUAUUUUCAUUCUAGCUUUUAAAAUAAUAAGCAAUUGAAACUAUUAACAAUUUAAUUCCAAAUUAAAUUCAUAAAUUUUUAUUUCUUGACCUUAAUGUAAAUAAUUUACUUAUAUGAUUAAGAAUCCUUAAAUAAACUAAAAUGUAUCAAAAUAGAUUACAGAUUUCAAUGUGAUUCAAUAACUUAUAAAAAUUUAAAUUUUGAAACAAAAUGUCUGAAGCAAACACUGGGCUGGUUUCCCAAAUACAGGCAAUUUGAUCUUUUUCAUCAAAAAUCUGCUUUUUUUUUUUUGUAUGUUGUUCAGUCAUUUUGAUUUAAUUUAUUAUAUAUAUAUAUAUAUAUAACUGAAAUUACUGCAUAAAGUUGCAAUUUGCCCAAUAAUUGUUUUAGUUCAAAACCAACAUUUGUAUAAUUAUAAAUUAAUAAAUCAAAAUGCUUUAUUUUACAAUUUCUUAAUAUGUUUAUGUUGAUUUAAAAAACUAUUCAUAUUUAUGCAGUUAAGUAGCUAAUAAUAAUAUCUGAUACAAAUUGAUGGUGCUCUGGAAUCUAGUACAAAUGUUGAAGUGUGCCAUAGAUAUUUUAAGCCUUGAAAUAUUUUAUUGCUUAAGAUGAAUUGAGACAAUAUUCAUAAUAGGGAACCAUUUAUAGAUAUAUUCAUUUCAUCAUUUCAGUCAAUCAUUAUAUCCAAAUUGUAACAUAAAUCAUUAGUAAUGUAUCUGUUGUACAGAUUUAUUAUAUGUAUUUUAAAGAUGUUAAUCAAAAUGGAUAUUAAUGUGCAUCCAUCCCAUUGGAUAUGAUGUCUCAAAACUCAGUAAUUGUAAAGUCCUAUCUCGAAGAUAUGCUUUGCUACUUAUUGUAGCAUGUUUGUGAUAUAAAUUUUGUUGUGCAAUACAGAGGAUUGUUGAAUAUAU